UGUAAUUCGCUAAUUAAUUGAACUGAAUUACCCGACAGCCAACAAAAUCGAAAUGCUUGCGAUCCGAAAAACUUUAACGGUUUCAUGCCAGCAUCUUUUGCGCUGCCACUCCUAACUUUCCAUAUUUCUCUUAAGUUUUCACCAUUUUCGGUCGCUUGUCGUGCCCCUGCAACCGGCGCAAUUUCUCAGAGCGAAUCGAUCCUAAGAAACACCAUGGAUCGUAUCACAGGGAAUGCAAGGCUCAUGAUAGUCUCUGAUCUUGAUCAUACAAUGGUUGACCAUCAUGAUCCCGAGAAUCUCUCUCUUCUCAGAUUCAAUGCAUUGUGGGAGACAAAUUACAGAAAUAAUUCUUUGUUAGUUUUCUCUACUGGAAGAUCACCCACGCUGUACAAAGAAUUAAGGAAAGAGAAGCCCAUGCUGACCCCUGAUAUCACAAUAAUGUCUGUGGGAACUGAAAUAACAUAUGGCAACUCUAUGAUACCAGAUGAUGGCUGGGUUGAAUUCCUAAAUAACAAAUGGGACAGGAAUAUAGUAUCUGAAGAGACACAAAAGUUCACAGAACUCACUCUUCAGUCUGAUACAGAGCAACGCCCACACAAAGUAAGCUUUUAUGUGCAGAAAGCCAAAGCUCAAGAUAUAAUGAAGUCUCUGUCAACACGCCUGAAGGAACGUGGGUUGGAUGUCAAAAUAAUCUACAGCGGAGGAAUGGACUUGGAUAUUUUGCCACAAGGUGCUGGAAAAGGGCAAGCACUUGCUUACUUGCAUAAAAAGCUUAAGGCUGAGGGUAAAUUACCUAAAGCCACCCUUGUUUGUGGCGACUCUGGAAAUGACGCAGAACUGUUUAGCAUUCCAGAUGUACAUGGAGUCAUGGUAAGUAAUGCCCAGGAAGAAUUGCUGCAGUGGAGGGCUGCAAAUGCGAAAGAUAAUCCUAAGGUAAUUCAUGCAUCAGAGAGAUGUGCUGCAGGCAUUAUACAAGCCAUUGGUCACUUUAACCUGGGUCCUAGUACAUCUUCGAGGGAUGUUAAAGACAUAUUUGACUCAAAGCUUGCAAGCACUGAUCCAGCUGAUUGGAUUGUGAGAUUUUACUUGUUCUGCGAGAGGUGGCGACGCAGUGAUAUUGAAAAUUCUGAACAGCAUUUUGCAAAUCUUCAACCAGUUUGUGAUAAGUCAGCUAUUCUUGUUCACCCGUCAGGAACAGAGCAACUACUUGGUAAUAGUGUAAGUUCUCUGCGAACAUGCUAUGGAGACAAACAAGGGAAGCAGUUCCGGGUUUGGGUAGAUCAGGUAUUACAGGAACAGAUUGGUUCAGACACAUGGCUUGUGAAAUUCAAGAAAUGGGAGCAAUCAGGUGAAGAGAAGCGAUGCUGUCUGUGCACUGCAAUCUUAAGUAAGAAAGAUGAUUCGAAAGGGCUUAAAUGGGUGCAUCUCCAUCAGACAUGGAUGGAUGGAGCUAACACUGCAACUAACUGGCUAUUCUAGAUAUAUAUAUAUAUAUAUAUCAUCUCAAAAUAAGAUGGCUUUGGCCUUGUUGAGGUACACGGCUUUCUCGAGAGUUGUUGACCAUGGAUGUAAUAAUGUGAUCUACUCGGUUAAUAAUUUGCUUUAGUUAUCAUAAUCAAUCAAAACUUUGUUGAAAAUCAACUUCCUCUCUUCCCUUGG